AUGGGCAUCAGAGUCCAGACUGGGUUCUUUUUUCUUCAUGUUCUGGUUCUCUUCUUUUUGUCUUUCUACAUGCAUCUCUCCAUUGGGGUAGAUACCAUCUUUCCAGGCCAACCUAUCUCUGGAAACCAGACAAUAACUUCACAGGAUGAAAGAUUUGAACUGGGUUUCUUCAAACCAAACAACUCCCAGAACUAUUACAUAGGGAUCUGGUACAAAAAAGUCCCAGUUCAUACAGUUGUUUGGGUGGCAAACAGAUAUAAACCCCUUGCUGAUCCUUUUUCGUCAAAACUAGAACUCUCCGUUAAUGGAAACCUUGUCGUCCAAAACCAGUCCAAAAUCCAAGUGUGGUCAACUAGCAUCAUCUCAAGCACCCUGAAUUCUACCUUCGCAGUUCUUGAGGACAGUGGAAAUCUGGUUUUGAGAAGCCGGUCAAAUUCCUCCGUUGUAUUAUGGCAGAGCUUUGAUCACCCUACAGACACAUGGCUGCCUGGCGGUAAGCUUGGAUUAAAUAAGCUUACCAAGAAGCAGCAAAUCUACUCUUCAUGGAGCAGUUAUGAUGAUCCUGCACCAGGGCCCUUCUUGCUCAAGCUAGACCCGAAUGGAACGAGGCAAUACUUUAUCAUGUGGAACGGAGACAAGCACUGGACUUGUGGGAUCUGGCCAGGGCGUGUUUCGGUCUUCGGUCCUGAUAUGUUAGAUGACAACUACAACAACAUGACCUAUGUGUCGAAUGAGGAAGAGAACUAUUUCACCUACUCAGUGACCAAAACCUCCAUUCUAUCAAGAUUUGUGAUGGAUUCAUCUGGGCAGCUCAGGCAGCUCACAUGGUUGGAGGACUCCCAACAGUGGAAGUUGAUCUGGUCUCGACCCCAGCAGCAAUGCGAGAUCUAUGCCUUAUGUGGGGAAUAUGGUGGCUGCAAUCAGUUCAGUGUUCCCACAUGUAAAUGCCUGCAAGGAUUUGAACCAAGGUUUCCCACAGAAUGGAUCUCUGGAAAUCACUCCCAUGGAUGUGUGAGGACAACCCCAUUGCAGUGCAGGAAAGGAGGAAAAGAUGGCUUCCGGAUGAUUCCAAACAUAAGAUUACCAGCAAAUGCUGUAUCUUUAACAGUAAGGAGCUCUAAAGAAUGUGAGGCUGCUUGCUUAGAGAACUGUACUUGUACUGCAUAUACUUUUGAUGGUGAGUGUUCAAUAUGGCUAGAAAAUUUGUUGAAUAUUCAGUAUCUUUCGUUCGGUGAUAAUCUGGGAAAAGAUCUACAUCUACGAGUGGCAGCGGUGGAGCUGGUAGUUUACAGAAGCCGGACAAAGCCAAGGAUCAAUGGGGACAUUGUGGGUGCUGCUGCAGGGGUUGCUACCCUAACCGUUAUCCUAGGGUUCAUCAUUUGGAAGUGCAGGAGAAGGCAGUUUUCUAGUGCAGUGAAGCCAACAGAGGACUUAUUGGUCCUCUAUAAGUACAGUGAUCUAAGGAAAGCAACAAAGAACUUUUCUGAGAAGUUGGGUGAAGGAGGCUUUGGUUCAGUGUUCAAAGGGACUCUGCCCAAUUCGGCUGAAAUAGCUGCGAAGAAACUCAAAUGCCAUGGACAGGGAGAGAAGCAGUUCAGAGCAGAAGUCAGCACCAUUGGGACAAUCCAUCACAUAAAUCUCAUUCGCCUUCGAGGGUUUUGUCUUGAAGGUACAAAAAGGUUUCUGGUCUAUGAAUACAUGCCCAAUGGCUCUCUAGAAAGCCAUUUGUUUCAGAAGAGCCCUAGGAUCUUAGACUGGAAAACAAGGUGCCAGAUUGCACUUGGGAUCGCUCGAGGCUUAGAGUAUCUCCACGAAAAGUGCAGAGACUGCAUCAUACAUUGUGAUAUCAAGCCAGAAAACAUACUACUGGAUGCUGGGUAUAAUCCUAAGAUUUCAGACUUUGGCUUAGCAAAGCUCUUAGGCCGGGACUUCAGCCGGGUUCUAACAACCGUAAAAGGAACCAGAGGAUACCUUGCACCAGAAUGGAUUUCAGGCAUAGCUAUCACUGCAAAAGCUGAUGUCUUCAGCUAUGGGAUGAUGCUUUUUGAGAUUAUAUCAGGAAGGAGGAACUGGGAGAUAAAGGAUGACAGGAUGAAUGAUUAUUUUCCAGCACAAGUCAUGAAGAAAUUAAGCAGAGGUGAGGAACUUCUAACCUUGCUAGAUGAGAAGUUGGAGCAGAAUGCAGACAUAGAAGAGCUCACCAGAGUCUGCAAAGUAGCUUGUUGGUGCAUUCAGGAUGAUGAAGGUGACAGACCCUCCAUGAAAUCUGUUGUUCAAAUACUCGAGGGAGCGCUGAACGUAAUCAUGCCACCAAUCCCAUCAUUUAUCGAAAACAUUGCAGAAAAUCCAGAGGAAGGCAGCCCCACCCCUGGGUUCUGA